AUGGCGAUGGACAGGAGAAAUUACAGGCAACUUGUGGAUACCACGGUCGAAAUGGCGCAAAAGGUGGGCAGUGCAGAAAUGAUUGCGAGAAUUGUGGAUGACCUCAAAGAUGAGAAUGAACAAUACAGGAAAAUGGUUAUGGAAACUGUGGAAAAUAUUGUUGCACUGCAAGGUGCGAAUGAAAUUGAUUCCCGGCUUGAAGAGCAGUUAAUUGACGGUAUUCUGUAUGCAUUCCAAGAACAAACGCAAGAGGAUGCUGUUAUGCUUGACGGUUUUGGUACGGUGUGUAAAGGUCUAGGAAGGCGAACAAAGCCGUAUCUUCCGCAAAUUUGUGGUACAAUUUUGUGGCGUUUGAACAACAAGUCGGCUAAAGUGCGACAACAAGCAGCUGAUCUUAUUGCCCGAGUUGCCCCGGUCAUGCACAUCUGCGAAGAAGAAAAACUUAUGGGGCAUUUAGGUGUAGUGUUGUACGAGUACCUCGGAGAAGAGUACCCUGAGGUACUUGGAUCAAUUCUUGGAGCGUUGAAAUCAAUCUGUAAUGUUAUCGGAAUGACAAAAAUGACACCUCCUAUCAAGGAUCUUUUGCCCAGGUUGACUCCGAUUCUUAAAAAUCGUCACGAGAAGGUGCAAGAAAACUGUAUUGAUUUGGUUGGUGCGAUUGCGGAUCGUGGCUCAGAAUUCGUGUCUGCUCGUGAAUGGAUGAGAAUUUGUUUCGAACUUCUGGAACUGCUCAAAGCUCACAAGAAAAGCAUUCGUAGAGCUGCCAUCAAUACGUUUGGAUUUAUUGCUAAGGCCAUUGGUCCUCAUGACGUCCUUGCCACACUCUUGAACAACUUGAAAGUACAAGAGAGACAGCUGCGUGUGUGUACUACGGUAGCGAUAGCUAUAGUGGCAGAAACAUGCGCUCCUUUCACCGUACUCCCAGCCAUUAUGAAUGAGUAUCGAGUACCGGAAAUGAAUGUACAGAAUGGAGUGCUCAAAGCUUUGUCGUUUAUGUUUGAGUAUAUCGGGGAAAUGGCAAAGGAUUAUAUUUAUGCAGUAACACCUUUGCUAGUUGAUGCUAUGAUGGAGCGAGAUCAAGUGCAUAGACAAAUUGCAAUCGAUGCAGUAGCACAUCUCUUCCCUCGGUGUUUACGGUUUCGGCUGUGA